CAAACAAGGCAUCUUCCCAAUCUAAUUACACUUCUCCAUGUGUCGUGUUCCUUUUUCUUCUCAUUUAUAUAUUCAUUGAUGACUUGAGGUACCCUAAACUCUUAUAAUCUCUCUCCUCCCUCGUUCGCCCUUUCUCUGUUUUUUCUUCCUCGACUUUCAACCGAUCUGACCUGAAUCGCCAUGGAUGAAGAAUACGAUGUCAUAGUUCUCGGUACUGGUCUCAAGGAAUGCAUUCUCAGUGGUCUACUCUCUGUUGAUGGCCUCAAGGUCCUACACAUGGACAGGAAUGACUAUUACGGAGGAGAAUCAACUUCGCUUAAUCUCAUUCAGCUUUGGAAGAAGUUUAGAGGAAAUGACCAGCCUCCAGCAGAUUUAGGUCCCAGCAGAGAUUAUAAUGUGGAUAUGACGCCAAAGUUCAUAAUGGCAAAUGGUGCCCUCGUCCGGGUUCUCAUACACACAGAUGUCACAAAAUAUCUCUACUUCAAAGCGGUUGAUGGUAGUUUCGUGUUUAACAAGGGAAAGGUUCACAAAGUGCCUGCUACUGACAUGGAGGCCCUGAAAUCUCCACUGAUGGGAUUGUUUGAGAAGCGACGUGCUCGUAAAUUUUUUAUUUUUGUGCAAGAUUAUGUGGAGAACGAUCCAAGUACUCAUGGUGGUCUGGACUUGACCAGAGUAACAACAAGAGAGCUCAUAGCGAAAUAUGGACUUGAUGACAACACCAUGGAUUUCAUUGGUCAUGCAUUGGCCCUUCAUAGGGAUGACUGUUUUAUGAACGAACCUGCAGUAGAUACUGUGAAGAGAAUGAAGCUAUAUGCCGAAUCUCUGGCACGCUUCCAAGGAGGAUCACCAUAUAUCUAUCCCUUGUAUGGGUUAGGAGAACUACCUCAGGCGUUUGCACGUCUGAGUGCUGUUUAUGGUGGGACAUACAUGUUGAAUAAGCCAGAAUGCAAGGUUGAAUUUGAUGCUGAGGGAAAAGUUAUUGGUGUCACAUCCGAGGGAGAAACUGCCAAAUGCAAAAAAGUUGUCUGUGAUCCCUCAUAUCUUCCUAACAAGACAAGGAAGGUCGGAAAGGUUGCGAGGGCUAUUGCUAUUAUGAGCCAUCCGAUCCCUAACACUAAUGAUUCACACUCAGUGCAAAUUAUUCUGCCCCAGAAGCAAUUAGGACGUAGAUCUGACAUGUAUGUCUUCUGCUGUUCUUACACUCACAACGUUGCCCCGAAGGGAAAAUUCAUUGCUUUUGUAUCAACGGAGGCUGAAACCGAUGAUCCUCAAACUGAAUUAAAGGCUGGAAUCGAUCUUCUAGGCCCAGUUGAUGAGAUGUUUUUUGAUAUUUAUGAUCGAUAUGAGCCUGUCAAUGAACCUUCGUUGGACAAUUGUUUUAUAUCAACGAGUUAUGAUGGUACUACACACUUUGAAUCAACUGUCACCGAUGUGCUCAACAUGUAUACGUUGAUUACUGGAAAGGUUUUAGACCUGAAUGUGGAUCUGAAUGCUGCCAGUGCAGCUGAAGAGUGAAACUCUGUUUAAUUUAUGGGAACCGAUGUUUUGCUCCUCCCCCUCCCGUCCUGAAAGAUGCCAAUCUAUAUUCUGGAAUCUGUGCCAUGUAACUCGUGGGGAUUUAUCUUUAUCUUUAUCUUUUGGCUGCCCUGAAACUUGUAAUAAGUUUGUUACUGUGUUAUGAAUUUGAAUGCGCAUGUAGAACUGCUACUUUUGCUGUUGGGCUGUUGGGCUGUUGGGCUGUUGGUGUUGGAUGACUGAAAUGUCGCCUGUUAUUUUUUUAUUUUUUCGUUCCUUGUAAAAGUAUGCUUUCCUGGAAAUUCAAGUUUAGAACAUGACUUGCA